CUAAACUAAUUCAACUAAGAUGGAGAUCAGCAGUGUCAUCCUCAGUAUCAUUACUACCAUGAUCCUGAUUUUCUCUUCUCUCUUAGGAUCUGCUCAGUCAAGAAUCCUCAUACCUCGUAAGGUGCGGUCUGUUGUUCGUGUUGUCUCUCCGCCCAAUCAUGAAAAUGAAGCGAUAAUGGUCAACCGGCCUGCAAUCUCGCCACCUCCAUCUCCAAAACCCUCUCCACCACCCAGACAAGCCAUGAAUCCAUUUUUGUGGUCUGCAACCACAUAUGACUUCUACAAAUUCACAGCGUUUGUCUUUCCUAGUACUAAGAGUUUGAAGAAUUUGUUCGCUUUUGCUGAUAACAACAGCGGCUGUUGUGGCCGCAGUAAUCCACCAAAACCGCCUUCUCCGGACCCGAACCCUCCGGACAGGCAGAUUGACGGCGACCAGAAUGUGGUGGCGACCGGUGAUUAUAGGACACCAGCAUCACGGUCUUUGCCCUGGGCGUUACCACUUUCAGCGUCGUACUACGUUAAUAAACUCAAAAGCUUUAUCUUUCCACCUACUAUUAUUGGUAGUAAUAAUUGGUACGGCCGCGAGAGCCCGAAAUCCCCUCCAUCCCUGACGGCGAACACUCCUGGCAGGCAGAUUGACGGCCACAAGUAUGUGGCAGCGGCCGUUGGUUAUACGAGACUGCCUUUGGCGGGGCCACCGCCUCCGCCAUACCCGCCGGCGGUAAUUGGUCUGACGUUUUCCAGAACGUCACUCCCUGAACCGCGCGCAAUUGGAUGAGUCCAGUUGAAUAACAGCUAUAUAUACACUUGGC